AUGCCUGCGGUAGUCAAGGAUAUCAGAGUCGAGCCUCUACAGCAUGGGCCAAAGAGCAACGUCGACUUCGGCGCCACGGUCCACGGCAUCGAUCUCAACAACCUCACAGAUUCCGAAUUCGAGAUCAUCCACGCCGCUCUCCACAAACACAAACUCCUCAUCUUCAAAGGCCAGCCCGAGAUGCUCCGGCCUCAGAAGCAAUACGAACUCACCCGACGCUUCGACCCCGACGAGCCCACCGGCGGCUUCGCGCACGGCAUCGACCCCCUCCUCACCACGCACAACGGCACCUCCAUCUACGGGCUCCCCAACCGGCCGGCCAUCCCCGCGCAACCGCAAGUGCACAUCCUCGGGCGCGGCGCGCUGCCCGAGAACCACUACGACUUCCCGCCGGGCUUCGAAAUCCAAGGCGUCGACCACCACGCCUUCCACCUCCCACCGCACAUCCCCGCCGCGGACCGCGAAGCCGGCCGCUCCCGCUUCUACCAGUGGCAUUUCGACGGCGCUCUGUACGGCAUCCCGCCGCCGCGCGUCGGCUGUCUGCUCGCGGUCCGCACGCCCCGCGGUCCAGACGUGCGCGUGCAAUGGGACGACGGGACGGGCACCGAGAUGAGCAUGGCGCCGGGCGCGACAGCCAUGGUAUCAGGAGCGCGGGCGCUCUCGCUCCUCAGUCCCGAGUUGCGCGCCAUCGUGUACCAUAGCCGGAUCGAGUACGCGCCGCACUGCUUCGAAUGGAUGUCGACGGCGCGGAGCACGCGCCUCGGACACUCCCUCGAGACGGAAGGGCGCGAGAAGCCGCUCGAUCAACUCAAGCCCUGGAGUCGGGACAAGAUAUGUGUCUAUCCGAUGGUGUGGGAGAAUCCCGUGACGGGCGAGCAUAGUCUGCAGGUGCACGGCCAAGCCGCAUAUCGAUUAUUCUUGAAGGAUUCUCCCGAGGGUGAGGAGACUGUCGUUAGUGAUUUAGGAGAAGUGCGAGCGUUUUUACAAAAGAUAAUGCGCCCCGUCCUAGAACCAUCCAAUAUCUACGCCCACGCACACGAAGAACAAGAUGUGAUUCUAUGGUAUAACCGCGCUCUAUGGCAUUCUAUCACAGAAUUCCCAACAUCCUACGGACCGCGCAUUAUGCAUCAAUGCAACAUCGCAGCUUCGGAUCAUCCGGUUGCUGCUGCUGUGCUGUCUUAA